CUGAGCCUCACUUUGCAUGUGUGCAUGUGCAGGAAGGUCGCCGCACACGGAGGCCGUCGUGGACAACUGCGUCCUCCGGGGACGGCAGGCCGCAAUCACACAGGCAGAUGUGAAGAAAAUCUUACGCUGAUCCUCAAUUCAAAGUUUUCCAGGACCAGGCGAGAAACCGCUCCCGCGUACAUGUGUGCAGUUCGCACAUUUGUGCAUUUGUAUAAAAGUCAGGGUUGCACCGUCCAUUUCUCUCACAGUAUCAACGCACCCACCAACGACCAGCUCUUCUGCCUGCAGCACACCUCCCAUUUCUUCUCAGAAACCCCCGUAUAACACAAUCCAAAAUGCUUCGCCCAAUCACCAUCGCAACAGCCGUCGCUGCUGUCCUCAUCUCUACGGCUUCUGCCGCCCCAUACCAGAACUACCCACAGGGUAACUCUGUGAACUCCUACAACCAGGGGUACGACCGUUACGGAAACGGAGAACAAUAUAAGAGCGAACGGUACGGCAACGGAGAGCAGUACAAGAAUGAGCGUUACGGGAAUGGACAACAAUACAAGGGAGAGACGGAAAAGUACGGAAACAAGGACGAUUACUCCCGCCCGCAAGGCUACGACGACUCCUCCAUCUCCAGCUGGGUCAAGAACAAAUGGAACCAGUACCGCGGCAACGACCACAACGACGAUUACUACAAGCAGCAGCAAAAGUCUGGCGAGGACAACUACCAGAACUACAACAACUACCACUCCCAGAACUACCAGCAGCAGCAGCAGCAAAAGUCCGGCGGCCAGCGCUACUACUAUGGCCGUCCCGCCGCCGCCUACUCGCCGCCUGAGCCCUACCACGAGCAACAGCAGCAGUACUCCAACAACAAGAACGACUACCAGCAAGAGCAAUACAAGUCCGAAUCAGACGUCGACGUCUACCAAGCCAUCCUCUGUGGCGAGAAGGAGGUGCCGACAGUAAUCAAGAACGAGCCCGGCUUCGGCUACGCCAACCUCGAAGUCAACCGCAAGACGCACACCGCAAAGCUGAUCGUCUCGCACUUCAUGACCGCCCCCGUCAUCAAGCUGCACAUCCACGGGCCUGCCGACACCCGUUCCAACAGCUCGGUGCUCUUCAACAUCCUCCCUUCCAAGGACCCCAAAUUCGCGACUGAGGAGAACCCGCUCCGUAACCCGGAAACGAUCAAGCUGACUGAGGAACAGUACGGAUUCCUUGCCUCUGGUCUGAUGUACAUCAAUGUGCACACCACCCGCUUCCCCGACGGCGCACUCCGUGGGAACCUGCUCUGCUCGUCGAAGGACUGCUACAAGCCCAACGGCGUACACGAGGUCGCUCGGUUCUUUGACGACGAAAUCUGCAACAACUCCAUCUUUAACGGCGGUCAGUCGUCUUCUUACUACUGAGGGUCGAUGGGGUUGGGAUAGAUAUCGUAGACAUUGUUGAAACCAUUUUGAGAAUACAUACAAUUGUUGUACAUACUUUUGGACAAACCCGGCAUUGCGCUGGGAACUGUAACUGUCCGCAUAUUUAUUACUCAAUACUAUUGGUUAUACUGCCCUAGUUAAGACAUUGGACAUUGAUCAAUGUGGCUGGAACCGUGCCAAAUUGCCAUCCGGAAACAUCGCUACAACUUGGAGUGUCCGAGGUAUGGCAGAUGAACUCGUUCAUCCAGCGACCGUUGCGAUUUUCCAUCAAUGCUCGCCGCACGGCUCCGGUACCGUCGGUUUGACAGAGCCUAUAGAUGGAUCGGUAGAUAACAGUAUAUCACAUCUGGCCAUCCGCGUAUAAAAUGCUUUCCCGAAUCCCGACUUCCUAUCGGCAUCGAUAUCCAACUUGCGGCACGCGUUUCUCCGCCUCGCCCGUAUACUGUACAGUAUGUGAAC